CGCAGUUCAUCUUCUCGGUCCCACCCAUUUACGCGUCGUCGCGCCUGCUAUGCGCGGACUCCCCGCAGACCCGCCCGCUCAGCGCAGCGCAGUCAUCUGAGUGUGUGUGUGUGUGUGUGUGCGUGAGAGAGAGAGUGAGAGAGAUAGUCUCCAGCAUUAGGGCCAAGCACUGAGGUGUCAGCGCAUCCGGACACAGGACAGCCAUGGCCCUGCUCGAUCUCGCCCUGCAAGGCUUCUCCAUCUUCGGCUUCCUCUUGUUCAUCGUGCUCUGGCUCAUGCACCUCGUGUCCAUCAUCUACGUCCGUCUGCAUCUCAACAAGAAGACCACAGAAAAGGUGCCAUACAGCAAACUGGCUGGUGUGUCGCUGCUGAAGCCCCUCAAGGGUGUGGACCCCAAUCUCAUAAACAAUCUGGAGACAUUUUUCGAGCUGGACUAUCCCAAGUAUGAAAUUCUGCUGUGUGUCCAAGACCAUGACGAUCCAGCUAUCGAUGUUUGUAAAAAGCUGCUGGGCAAAUAUCCCAAUGUUGACGCCAGGUUAUUUAUAGGGGGUAAGAAAGUUGGCAUCAAUCCAAAAAUAAAUAACCUCAUGCCAGCUUAUGAAGGGGCAAGGUACGAACUCGUCUGGAUCUGUGACAGUGGCAUUCGAGUGAAGCCCGACACUCUCACUGAUAUGGCUAAUCAGAUGACGGAGAAGGUGGGACUGGUUCACGGUCUUCCUUACGUGGCGGACAGACAAGGAUUUGCCGCCACAUUGGAGCAGGUUUAUUUUGGAACAUCACAUCCUCGUUCCUACAUCUCGGCCAAUGUAACGGGAAUCAAGUGUGUCACGGGGAUGUCGUGUCUCAUGAGGAAGGACAUCCUGGACCAAGCGGGCGGGCUGAUUGCGUUUGCUCAGUACAUCGCUGAAGAUUACUUCAUGGCCAAGGCCAUCGCAGACAGAGGAUGGAAAUUUUCCAUGGCAACGCAGGUAGCCAUGCAGAAUUCUGGCUCGUACUCCAUUGCACAAUUCCAGUCUCGCAUGAUCAGAUGGGCCAAACUGAGAAUCAACAUGCUGCCAGCCACCAUCAUCGAGCCCAUCUCCGAGUGCUUUGUGGCCAGUCUUCUCAUCGGCUGGGCCGCCCACCACGUGUUCCGCUGGGACAUCAUGGUGUUUUUCCUGUGCCAUUGCCUGGCCUGGUUCAUUUCGGAUUACAUCCAGCUGAGAGGAGUACAGGGCGGUCCUCCAUCCUUCUCCAAGCUGGACUACGCAGUGGCCUGGUUCAUCAGGGAGUCCAUGACAAUUCAGAUUUUCUUGUCCGCUCUUUGGGACCCCACCAUCAGCUGGAGGGCGGGACGCUACCGAUUGCGUUGCGGAGGUACUGCAGAGGAAAUCUUGGACGUUUAAACGGCACCGUGUGCCUGGGACUAUGCACUGAUGUGUACAUGGACACAGAACUAUGAGAAGAAGUGGGCGCAGAUGGACAAACAGGGGGUUAUUCCAACUUCUGCUAGUUUUUAACCUGUUAGUUUAGCAAAUAGAUUAUUUAUGUCCUUGGUGCUUUUUUUGUUUUCCUGUGCGGUCUCUUGACAAUUUGAGACCUCGUUCUAGAUGAGCCAAAAGUUAUGAAGGGGUGAAGAAGAAGAAGAGGAGGCGGCACUUCAGCGGGCAUCAGUAACCCUGAUAAAAACGUAUCUAAAUGUAACUCUUUUUUUAUUU